AAGGGAAUAUGUAACAAGUUAUCGAGCAUCGCUUACUACUCGCCUCUACAUAUAUCAAUAUUCGUAGUAGUAUUCGUGAUACAACUACUACUUACAAAGAGCAACAUUUGAAUUAAAACUACUCUUUUUCUCGAAUCAAAACAGAUUGUACGGUAGAAUUAUGUUAUCGAAAAACUUUGAAAAGGAGAAAACAGGUAACUGUUAAUAACAUUUAUUUAAAAGUGAAUGAUAUAGCGUGGAAACGAAAAGAGUGGCUUUAAAAAGUGCGGCAAAAAUUAAAAAUGGCUGAAAAGAUUUAACGCGCAUAUUCUCGAUUCAGAAUAUAUUUAGGAAAUGUUUUCUCCUUGUUAUUCAUAGAUUACAACAUCUUUCUAUUUAAGAAGAAAGAAAAUGCGUUAACGAAAAUACGACAUUUAAUAUUUGGCAGCAUUAUGCGCGGUGGCGUAGCGCAUGGAAAAAUUGGGUCGAUCUGCGAAAGAUGGCGGCUGCAAUGUGAUGUGCGUGAGAGAAUUAUGCUGAUAGAUUUUUGUGAAAACAUACAAAAAAUAUGGAAAAAUCUGUUUCCACGUGUAAAGUGAAACCUCCGAAUGGGAGUCUGCAAUAUGUAUCGUAAUACCGAUAUAGUAUAUUAAAGAUAGUUGGAAGAUAACGUUUGUUUACGAUAAAGUUUGUGACCACCGCAACGUGAAGCCGAGUGUGAAAGGGUAAAGAGAGAGACUUGAAAAGAAAACGAGACUGGAGAUAAAGCGUUGCCGGACUUCGGCCCGGUGAUAAUAUCAGUAGAGAUGCUGAAACAAUUGCAGAUGGGAAUGAGAGCUUUUCUCUUGAUGGCUUCCCGCGUGUGGACAUGCGUCUGUUUUCUACUCAAGAAGCAGAUUUCACAAAUGCAGCCAGUUAAGUAUGAAAUCUUCCCAUUAUCUCCUUUAUCGAGGCAUAGACUUAAUAUAGUUAAGAGAAAAGUAUUAGUACUUGAUUUGGAUGAGACCUUAAUUCAUUCUCAUCACGACGGGGUAGCAAGGCCAACCGUUAGGCCUGGUACACCUCCUGAUUUUGUCCUUAAAGUAACGAUAGAUCGACAUCCUGUUAGAUUUUUUGUUCAUAAAAGGCCACAUGUAGAUUUUUUCUUGGACAUUGUUAGUCAAUGGUACGAAUUAGUGAUUUUCACUGCAUCUAUGGAAAUUUAUGGUGCAGCUGUGGCAGAUAAACUAGAUAACAAUCGAGGUAUUUUAAGGCGCAGAUAUUACAGACAGCAUUGUACUCCAGAAAUGGGUUCCUAUACUAAGAAUCUUUCUGCCAUUUGUUCAGAUCUAGCUUCUGUCUUUAUUCUUGAUAAUAGUCCUGGAGCUUACAGAGCUUAUCCACACAAUGCAAUACCUAUCAAAUCAUGGUUUAGCGAUGCAGGAGAUACUGCUUUAUUGAAUUUGCUACCUGUUCUGGAUGCUCUACGCUUUACACAGGAUGUGCGGUCAGUUCUUUCAAGAAAUUUGCAAUUACAUAAUACUUGGUAGCAUAAUCUUAAUUGAUUGAUGUACUAGACAUUCUAGCAAUCAAUCGUGUAAUAAUUUAGUGUGUCUAGAUUAGGAUUAUUAUUGUUAUUGGUAAUAGGCAUAUUAGGAUGCUGUCCAGAUAAUGAGAUGACGAACCCCUUACCCUGUCCUCAUUUUGUAUACUUGUUAUGCAAAAUAUAGCGAGUGUGUGUCAAAGGGAAUGGGAUCUUCAGCCAAUUAUUAUAUCAGCACAAAAUCUUAUAGAAUAAUUUUUGUAUACAAUCUGAUUCGUAUUUAAAUGAAAGACCUGUUUUCUAAUUGUGCAUUUGCCAAAGAUUAAAAAAUUGAAAACAUAUGUUGACUAUAUCUGACAAAAUCUCUCAUAAGGAGAGAAUUAUUUUUAUUUAAAUUUUGGCACACAUGGCAAUGAAAUGAUGAAUUUGAAAUACUUCUUAUUGUACAUUAUCAAUCUAGAAUGUAGAAAGAAACAUACUAAGUCAUACUUCGAAUAGACUCUGCUGUAACUCACUGUAUCAGUGAGGCAGCUGUCUGAGUUAUGUCUAAUAUAAAGAAGUAUUAAUAAAGAUAUAAAAAAAUACCGAAAAAAAAAACAUUUCAUUUUUGCAAAAAUUGAGGACUAUAACCAGUAAAUCCAACCUGUGACGUUAAUAAAAAAAGAAAUAAAUCAGCAAAAUAAUGAAUUUAUGCAUAUACCUGUAUACUCUGUCCGCUUGUCUAACAAUCUAGAGUUAAUGAUGAAUAUUAUGUACAUAUUAGCAGUAAUUAGAAAACGAAUGUGUUUAUUAUGGAGUGGCUAGUGUGUGUGUAUGAAGAAUGUAAUUAAGUCAUUAAGAGUAUAAACUUUAUAUAAUAUUUAUUAUAAAUGGAUAUAUACAUAUAUGUAUAUCUUAAGAUCGAUCAGUAAAUAAAAAAUAUUACGAUUGCAGCA